GGUUGCGCUUGCAAGGAGAUGCUCCGCUCAAUUACAAGAUGAUGCAGGAUUGAUGGAGGAAGCGGGUGAAUGCGGGAAGGUAGCGGAGAGAAUGCACAGAGGAGUGAUGCGGAUUAUGUUGGUCUAUUUGACUGGGAUUUUUGGUCGUGUGACAGAACGAUGAUCGGACGAGUGACGGGACGGGCCUCUAGAUUGUUGAUAUUGGGACUACAGCCCUUUUUGGACAAUCUCUAAUUCAGGCGUUCUCUGUUUUCUUUUAUUAUCGCCCUAUUUGCGCAGUUGUUGAUUUUAUUAUACUGAAUUGGAUUGUUUUGUCGACAACUAUAGACUAUUGGCACAUGGAUAUUUCUAUCGUUUAUCAAAGAUUUUGUAAAUUAUUGUUAUUUUUCUUAUAAGGUAUAUGGUCGCGGCAGCAAAGCGCUCGUUACGACAGCAUCUGUACACGGACAGAUCUUCAAAUCAAGGGAACUCCGCUGUAUUUUAAUAAAGAUGUCAACAUUAUUGCAUUAUGGCUGCAACUAUAUUGUUUUGCAGCAUCAGCGUUUGAUCUUGGUGCUAUAAACAACAACUCUGCAGCAUUUCUAAUGAUGCCAAACCGAAAGGAGACGGUCGAGCGCGCAAAUUAAGUGUCCUAAAAUAUAAAGCCUAAAAUAACAUUUCAAAAUGGAUGCACUUUGUCCUCGCUGGAUGGUAUUUUUAUGGACGAUUGUCGCCCUGUUUGUGGGUGUCAGCUUCGGCACCAACGAGGCUGAAGUUGAACCAAACACCUCUGGUCCACUGACUCUCCACUUCCCACUGCGGCAGGGCCCUCUCUCCGAAACCCAACCCCCGCACGUGGCCCCGCAACGCUCCUCGAGGGCUGCGCGAAGGCGCAGAGGGGUCAGGGGCAUCAAUUUCGUGGACAUGAUCGACAACCUACGUGGGAAAUCUGGACAGGGCUACUACGUGGAGAUGGCAGUGGGUUCACCGCCACAGAAGUUGAAUAUUCUGGUGGACACAGGCAGCAGUAACUUUGCAGUCGGGGCAGCUGCUCACCCUUUCCUCUGCAGAUACUACCAUCGCUCACUGUCUAACUCCUACCGCGACCUUGGGCGCAGUGUCUACGUACCCUACACCCAGGGCCGCUGGGAGGGUGAGCUGGGCACUGACCUGGUGUCUGUGCCACACGGCCCCAACGCCUCGCUCCGUGCCAACAUCGCUGCCAUUACCCAGUCGGACCGCUUCUUCAUCAACGGAUCCAACUGGGAGGGCAUUCUGGGCCUGGCCUACGCCGAGAUCGCCCGGCCUGAUGAGAUGCUGGAGCCUUUCUUUGACUCGCUGGUGCGGCAGACCCCCGUGCCUAACCUGUUCUCCCUGCAGAUGUGUGGUGCAGGGUUCACCCAGAACUACAGCCUGGGCAGUGCUACCGUGGGUGGCAGCAUGAUCAUCGGUGGAGUGGAUUCUUCUCUCUAUGUUGGAGACCUGUGGUACACCCCGAUCCGCCGGGAGUGGUAUUAUGAGGUCAUCAUUGUGCGCAUUGAGGUCAAUGGUCAGGAUCUCAACAUGGACUGCAAGGAGUACAACUAUGAUAAGAGCAUUGUGGACAGUGGCACCACUAACCUCCGGCUCCCUCGCAAAGUGUUCCAGGCAGCCGUGAAGGCCAUCGAGGCUGCCUCGUCUACAGAGCAGUUUCCUUCUGGGUUCUGGUUGGGGGAGCAGCUGGUGUGCUGGCAGGCUGGCUCCACCCCGUGGCACAUCUUCCCUGUCAUCUCGCUCUACCUCAUGAGUGAGAACCGCAACCAGUCCUUCCGCAUCUCCAUUCUCCCACAGCAGUACCUGCGGCCCGUGGAGGACGUGGCCUCGGCCCAGGAGGACUGCUAUAAGUUUGCCGUGUCCCAGUCCAGCACGGGCACCGUCAUGGGCGCCGUCAUCAUGGAGGGCUUCUAUGUGGUGUUCGACCGCCAGAGGAAACGCAUCGGAUUUGCCGUCAGUACCUGCCAUGUGCACGAUGAGUUCCGUACGGCCUCCGUCGAGGGGCCUUUCCACGGCGUGGAUCUGGAGGACUGCGGCUACAACAUCCCGCAGACGGACGAGUCCACCCUGAUGACCAUUGCCUACAUCAUGGCAGGCAUCUGUGCCCUCUUCAUGCUGCCACUGUGCCUCAUGCUGUGCCAGUGGCGCUUCUCCCGCUGUCUCCGCCCAUCUGGAGCUGGGGACUUCGCUGAUAAUAUCUCACUCCUCAAAUGAUAGAAAGGCAUGGAAAUACAGUACACAGGAGAGGCAAGCCUACCAGGAAUGGAGAUGGAGGCUUUUCUAAUGGUUAUUGAGGACGCAUCAGCCUCAUUAAGUAAUGCAGAAACAGAUUAACAUGUAGGAUGGUGUUAGUUGUGGCUUGGGAGGGUAGCACAAUGACCAAACAAGCCCAUGGCCACUUACUUUGGAUUCAUCAAAGGUGGAUAUACCAGCAAGCUGGGUUAAAUGGCUUCCUGGACUCAGUGGACAACUUUAUUGAUAGAAGGGCAUGAUAUAAAUAUACAGUAUUUAUAGAUGUGUGUGAGUGUUCGUGAUUGUAUGAGGUGUGUGUAUAUGUAUGUAUGUAUGUAUGAACAGCACCAGUCAAAAGUUUGGACACACCUACACAUUCAAGGGUUUUUCUUUAUUU